CAAAUUACGCCUGAAUAAAGAAAAAAAAAACACUAAAUCAGAUAAAUAUAUAUUUCUACCUACCUGCUAAAUGUAAUAUAAUAGAAAUAACAGUAAAUCGUAAAACUUAAAUUCAGUGGAAAAAUAGCAACAUAUGGAUUAACGUUCCUGAUAUUAACAUAAAAUAAAUAAAUAAAUACUUACAUACAUACAUACCCACACAACAACAACACGUAUUUAUAUGUGAAAAUCUACCUAAGCUCUUCGGUCUGCUGCUAAUACAACGCGAAAACUGUUUCAAACAAAAAGAAAACGGAACAGCAUCAAAGUGUUUAUUAGGAAACGCAAUAGCACCAGUCUAAAUAAAUUCGUAUCGUAUCGUAAUUCGUUAUCAGUGUAAAAUGUGUCAGUUGUGUAUUGUUUAAAACGUUUUGAUAUCCUAUCGGGUUAUUGAAACCCCAAAAAAAAGUAAGAGUUUUUCCUGCAUUCGCAACACCAGUGCCUGAAGAUAAAUAUGUGCAAGAAGUGAAAAUUUGAUGAGGAAAAGGAUAUACAUAUAUUCAUGAAUAUUUCGUGCCACUUCAAGAAAAUAUAAUACCGAAAACAAGGAAAAUCAGUGCCAACAACAAAAGUACCACGCGUUUUGUGUUUGUGCUAAUGGCCACAAAAAUUAGUCCUCUCAUUGAGUUUACCCCAAAGCAUUAAAAAAGCAUACGAUAUAAAAAUUGCAUGAAGUCAUUAUUUUGAAUCGAAUUAAAAUACAAUACAUAAGUGGAAGUAGAUUUUGUGAAAAAUUCUAUUUGUAACAUUGUUAAAAUUAUUGACCAAAAUAUUGCCAAAAUGACGAUGGCAGCCUGCUAUGCCAACUACGACAUACCUUUGUCUCAUAGUUUGUCCACUGCGGCGUUGCUCAACGCUCAGCAUCAUUCCAAUCACCACAGCCACAGCCAUAGCCAUAGCCACCACCAGCAGCACCAUCAGCAAGCGCAACAAACACAUCAUCACCACCAACAGCAGCAGCUUUAUCACCACACACAGCAACAACAGUUGCAACAACACCAGCAGCAGCAGAACUUGCAAUCAGCGAAUAGUGCGUCAUCGUCAUCAACAAUACAUCAGCGUUCGUCAUCUCUGACGGCGGCGACGCCGACUGGCCGCGUUGGUAACGCCUCCACAGCCACCCCCGCCGUCGCCGCCACUAACUCAGUGAUUAGUAACACCAAUAUUGGCAGCGCUAGCGUCGGUAACAGUCGCAACAGUAACAGUUCGACUUUGACAACUGCUCCAACAGUGUCCAUCAUCAGUGCCGGCGGCGCAGCGUCACCCCAGAAAGACUAUUCUAUUCCUUUACAUGUUGAUUGCAGCGUGGAAUACGAACUACCAAAUCAGCCCAAACCACCAGUAGGUCAGCGGGUUGAGCCAUUGCUUAUGAUCCAUCCUUGUUAUUUUCGUAAGAUGGAAUCUCAGCGUCGAAGUCCCUUUGUGAACAAUAUGCAAGCGACAUCGCGUAGUACCGCCGCUUUGCUGGUUACGGGCUUAAACGGCUCUUCAUCGUCAUCAGUAAUAGCCUCAACAAGCGGAACAGCAUCUUCAGUUGCGGGCACAUGUGGUUCUGCGAGCACGGGUUCUACGAUUCGUCGCUCUUCUGUUCGCCAAUCUCAGGUUAUUCAACAUCAACAACAACAACACCAAAAUCAAACGCAGCAACACUUACAGCAACAGCAACAGGUAGUUGCUCAAUAUCAACAGCAGUUACAGCAGCAACAAUUGCGACAACCUUCACAACAGGAGCAGCAGCAAGAACAGCAGAUGUCACAAGUGUCACAGCAAGCACACUAUCCAGUGGUAGUUACACAUCAUCACCUCAGCCAUCAUCAGCAACAAUCGCAAACGGCGCAGCAACAACAACAUGCUAACAUUACUGCUACUGCGGCGACUUCCUCAUCCGCAUCAUCAAGCUCUGCGUAUAUGGAUCACGUUAGUGCAGUAAGAAGAUCGGCCGCAGCAGCCGCCUUGCAUCACCGUAACAACCAAAGCCGAGCCGCCACCACUGUUUCAAGUAGUGUAAGCCAAUCGCAUCAACAACAACAACUGCAACGUUCAAGCCAAAGUCAUAGCCGCACUACAUCUGCCUCAAUCGCAGCUGUGGCUGCUGCAGCAGCCGCGGCAGCCGCCGUUACCUCUCAAAGCCAACAAAAUUUAAUAAACCAAAAUGCCUCACAAUGGGAUCAGCUGGCAGCGAUCGCUGCACGUUCCUCAAUGACACCAGCAGCAGCUGUUGCGGCUGUUCAUUCCAGCCAAAUGCUUGCUCCACGGAGCACAACAGCGAUAUUUAGCAAAAGUCUGUCUGCCGUUGGCAAACGCGACGCUAUGAUAUCUGGAGGUGUUUACAACGGUGGCAGCAAUGCAACAACAACACAUCUCAGCGGAAAACAACAACAACAACAACAGCAACAGUCGCAACAACAAGUGCAUUGCUUGCCUACUGGCGCAAUAUGGGCUGACCCGAGCAGCGUUGCAUCCGUUCCGGCUGCCACCUCGUCCACAGCCUCAGCGCUGAUGGUGGAUCGCAGCCCUAUGGCAACAGUUCCUAGCAAUUACCAGGCUGGUCCUGAUACCACGCCAGCAAUAAGUUCGCAUUAUACGCGGGAUGACAAAGUCAGUGGUAAAUAUCGUCAGUAUUUGCGGUCGCAGCGUAUGCAUCCCUACUUAGCGGCAGCCACAACUAAUGUGGCAGCGGUAGCUGCAGCGGCUAAUCUUGGACAGACAUUUACACAAUUCGCUGCAACACCGUCAUUUCAACAUCUACAGCAGAUAUCCUGCUAUAAUGUAUGAUCGACAUAAAGUGCCGGUAUAGCAGCGAUGACAGCGAAAUUGCAACAAUGAAGGCAACAACAAACUGUAAGUGUUUCGCCUAUUGGAUAAACGGAAAAAAACGUAGUGCAGUGCAACUUGCAAAACGCUUCGAAGAAGCUCAGCAGAAGCUUUGCAGAAUAUGCGUAUGAAAGCCGGACAGCACCGAAAUUUUGGUCUUCGGUAUGCAUUUGACGCAAGCAAGCAAGUCGUGUAGUAUUUUUGGAGUUAGCCGAUUUCGCAUGAUUGAAGGAAUAUAUAUAUAGUAGUAGUCUGAAAUUUUAGAGCCAUUUGUUAUACUAAAUUAUUGAUUAUUUUCAAAUUGCGUAAAUAUCGCAUUUCAAAAAUUAAAGGAGCAGAAAUGAAAUUCAAAAUUAUAUAAACAUACAUUGUAAAAGUAAAAUUAAUGUUAAGCGGUAAAUGCUAAAUUGUUAAAUUGAUAAUGAAAUCGUUAGAAAAAGUUUGAAAAUAAUAAGACUACAUACAUACAUACGUUAUUGGAUACACAUUGCCGAUAUUCGAAAUGCUAUUGAUGACUAAAAAACAGUUACUCGAAUAUACUUACUCAAAUGCUUAGAAGUUCUUGUUAUACGCUUGCUGUAUAAGCCAAUUGUAGACAUACACUUAUACAUAUGUAUGUAUGUAAGUAUGUAUGCAUGUAUAUAUACAUAUAUGCCCAAAAGUGCAACACUAAAGGUUGCAUUUUACCGGUGAUUGCCACAGGAAAUAGAGGAAACUAUCCUCAUAGGCAUUUUCAAAUGUCCGUAUGUACACACAUACAUAUUAUAAAUAUGUUUUUUUUUUUCGUUGUAUUUAUGAACGUACGCUAAUGUGCCAGCCAAUCAGUCGGGAAGUGUGAAUAUGCUGCGAUAAUUACUAAACAUGCCGUCGGCAAAUAGCGAAUAGUGAAUUUCACAUUUUCUUGGCGUUUUCACUGCACGCGCAUUAUUAUAUUUGCUGUUUUACUUUAACAUUGUUCGAUUUUUACUUAACCUAAUAAUUCUGAUUUCGGAUGACUCAAAAUGCAUAAGAUUCCAGCGGCUGUUUGCUGUGCUGUGAAUUUGAGUGGACGCUGCUGAUACAUAUAGUAUAUACAUACAUGAAUUUUCCAUGCGUUCCUUUAAAACAAUUAGAAGGUUUUUAUUGCUUUAAUUUUUUAACAAUUUUUGUUACAUACACAUAUUUGAAUAUUUGAUAACACAUGCAUAUGUAGGUGCUCAUAAUAUACUCCGUAAGCUUGUUUCUUCUCAGAAAUCGGUGACCAUCAUUGCUUUCGUUUCGCCACACUUUUCGUGAAUUUAUUAUUGCGUGCAGUUUUUUUUGGAAAUUAAGACUUUAUUGUGAAAAAAUUGUUAUACAUUUAAUGUGCAAAGCUACGUUGUUUGCCCAUCUUUCUGGCUUGUGUAUUCCAACCCAAAAUAACUUCUCCGACUUGGAAGUAAAUUAUUGUAACACAUUUGAAAACGCUUGUGAAAUUUCCAAAUCCAAAUUAAAUCGAAAAGUGAUAAAAUGAAAUUAAUCACGCUAGCUAUGUUUUUAGUUGAAUUUCACAGAACUCAUAGACAUGUACAUAUAUAUAUGUAUGUAGUACCUACAUGUAUAUGUUAGGAAGUAUGUUAUGUACAUGUGCUAGCUAUUACAUUUAAAUGAAAAUGCGGUCUUAAAGGUACACAUUUGUACAUAUAAAUAUAUUAGAUACGUACGUGUAUCUACCCAUAUAUCUAUAUACUACAGAGUAGGUUUAUAAGCAUUUUCAUAUAAUCCAUGAAAUUUUCUAAAUACCUACUUGAAUUUGCUUUGUUCGUUCGAGUUUUUUUCCCUCAUUUUUGACCUGUUAUCAGUUUUUACUUUGCAUAUUUACUAUUCGCCUUGUUUUAAUGAAACUGAUCACGUUUAGGUCAGCUAAAAUAAUAUAAAAAUAAUUUCAUCUUCCUAAAAUUAAAUAAAAUUACCUAUAUUUAUUAAGCAUGCAUGAUUUCUUUUUCAUGUAUGUAAAUAUAGUGGCAUGUGUUAGGACACAUUUACACCAUUUUAAAAAAAAAAAAAAAAUAAAAGGCUUUUUCGGUUUCAAAAUUUAAAAAGAAAACUACAAUAUAAUUAUUUGAAUUAAUUUCGAACGGAAAUCGCACUUCUUACGAAUGAAUUGAAUAGAGCUUCAUGUCCAAUCAAAGAUCUUUUGCUUUCUUCUAUACAUAAUAAGAGAUACCAGUUGGAACCUAGUGCUUCUCUAGUGCUUAGUCUUAUUUCUAUUAAAUAACAGAAAAAUCGUUUAAAUGUUCGUUGCCUGUGUGCCUCUUCUGUCUUGAACUUGUUUACCUAGCAGAAUCUGGCAGAAAGCUACAAGGUUUUCAGUGUCCAAAAAAAAAUAUAUAUUUCUUUCGCUUCCAUAAAUAUGUAUGUAUGUGUGUGUUAAAUUUCCGUUGUAUUUUGGCUUUAUGCUAUAUUAUUUAAUGGAUUUCCUAUUAAUGUUCAGUGAUAAGCAGUUACAUACAAACAUACAUAUGUAUAGGGGUAUGUAUGUAUUAACUAAUUUAAUAAUAUAAAUCGGUUCUUAAUUUAGAAAAUCUGAAUCUCUUUAGUUAGAAAUUGAUUAUUUAUUUUGCAAACCCGCCAGUAGUAUGUGAGGAAAUUAAUUUUACUGAAUUCAACUGCCGUUUACAACAGACUCAUACGCAUACAUAUAAAUAAUAUGUAUAAAAGUAUAAAGAAUCACACAUUAAGCCAGAAAGCAUUUAGAACGGAAACAUGGAAUCACGAAAUUUUUUUACAGCAAUGCAUUUUCCAAGUGCUUAACCCACAUUAAUUGCAUACAUACAUACAUAGUAUUUAAAAGUAAAUAAAAUGGGUGGAAAUAUUGAAAGACCGAAAGAGACUGUAAAAAGGUUAUAUGGGAUUAUAAAAGUAGCUGAUAUUUGCGUAUUUACAGUACGAUUGUCAAAUUAUACAGUGACUUGAAGAUAUGGAGCUUUAGGUGCGUCUGCUACGUUCUCUGUUGUUACAUAAAAUCUUUUUUUAUUUUUGUUGUUAAAAAGUCAGAAUGAUCAUAGUGAAAAUUAAAUAAUUAUUAUAUUGGUACUUAUGAUAAUCACAUGUUUCAUUUCAUUAUAUUUUAAUAGCAAAUGGAUAUCGUUCUAAUGUUCUAGGUGGCUUACAUAUAAAGUCUCAAGUUUCAAAUUUAGAUUUGUUCCGUUAUUAUCUUUGAUAUCAGUUAUUAAAUUUGGUAGAACAAAUGUAACAUAAGUUUUAAGAUUUCGGUUGUUAUAGGUUAGGUUGAAUAUUGAAAUUUUACAAUUUUCGAAUUUUAUUACAAUUAUUCCCUUUUGCAUAAAUUUCAGUUUACUACAAUCAUGAGAUACAUUUCCGUUAAAGUGCUUCAAUAUUAGUAUUCGUGGUUCAAUUUCUACAACUGAGAUUUUCGUUAAAUAUUUUAGUUUACAAUGAGCUUCCUUGAACUCUAAAAUAUGGCUGAGACAUUCAUCGUUUUUCUUUAUCAAAUUCUUCUCUAAUUUUCUUUUACAUCUAAAUUGUAGGUAUGGUAAUUAUCAUCUACCAGAACUCUAUCAGUCGCUUUAUGAUCUCUUAAGAGUGUUAUGUCAUUGUUAACCCUGUAUGUAUGUUUGAUGAAUUGAAUUUCGUCUUCUAUUGUCUUGUAUUCUGUUCAGUGUGAAAUAUUUAAACGUACUUCUGUACUCGGUUAUAGGAGCUUGAUGCUUAAGCCUGACCAUAUGGCCAUAUUUUAAAACUAUUUUUUUCUGCAGUAUGUAUUACUGCUCUCAAUGCCCUAAAUAAUGUGUCGUUUCCCAGAAUGGCAUCGAAUGAUUCCAAUAAGGGCAUAAGAUAAAAUUUAAUUUUUUCUUUUAUAUUAAAGAGAUUUACAAACGUGUGUUCCGUUAUCUUAACAUCUCCUACAAUUGAUUUUGCACGGAAAGGUUUUUCGUUUGGUAAUCGCUUUUUUGCUAAGCUUGGCUUAACAUAAUUUUUACUGGAACCUGUGUCCACCAGAAGUUUUAAAAUGUUUCCGCUCUCCGUCCUCACUUCAAUGUAUGGAAGCGAAGAGCUAAUUAUGCUAAAAAAUAGACAUCAUUGUAUCCUUCAAAUUCAUCCUCGUCCUCAUUUUUGGAUUGGGUCUCUUCACUUGACGUAUCUAUAUGAAACGUUCUUUGAUUUUCGAGAGGUGAUUGAUUAUUGACCGAUUGUGGUGGUAUUUUCCACUGAAACUGAUUCUGAGGAAGUCUGUUCAUAUAGUUGAUUCGCCGUGAAUGUAUGCUCUGGUCCACCUCCAUUGGUUCUGGUUCAGGUUGGGGCUACGGUGGCCUUGGAGUGGUAUUUGUAGGUUGAAGUUGUUUGGAGGACUUUGGUCUGGCCUUCCAUCUUGGUCGAUUGCUUUGUGGCUCGUGAGCUGUUGGGUGGGAUAUUUUCCCAAAUUUGGAUAUCCUUUCUUUAUAUUUUGUGCAUGAUUUGUUUGGUAGUUCUGGUUGUCCAGUUUCAUGCAUAUAUGAUCGGCAGGUUCUCUGAUUCCCCGUAAUCGUGGUAGGUCCCCAUUCAGACCCCUAAUAAAGCACUUAUUUGUGUAUGAUUGGGUCAUCAUGUGCAGAGCUUCGCUACCCAUAUCUACGCAUCCCAUUUUAUUUAGGAUUAGUGAAAGGUAUUUAUAUACCUGUUGCUAGUAUUCCGCUAUGAUCUUAUUAUCUUGUACUAAGGUUGUGAGCUGAUAUUCAAGGUUGAAAUAUCGCGUUUGUAUGCAGAGUGCAUUGCAAGACAUUUAGUAAUUGUCAGCCAAUCUAGCGGCGUAUUGUAGAUUCUAAUGUCGUAUCGGCAUUACCUGUUAUCUUGUUUCGGAUAACGCUAAGAAUACCGUAAUAUUUUGGGAUUCCCUUUAGUGGUUCGUAAAUGCUGAGUAUUCUGUCUACAUUUUUUUUUCCACGAAUUAAACUCUUCAGGGCGACUGGAGAAAUUUUAGAGGCCUUACACUACGUCUGGAAUUUUAUUCAGUUCUCCCUGAUUACCCCGAUGCCUAUCAUCAGUAGUUUGAUCGAUUUUUGUACUAAGAAAAGAGUUUGGGUUAAGUUAUACCGACUAAAAAAUAAAUAUUUUUUUUUUGUUCUUCGGACGGCGUGUCAGUCUUUAUUGAAGCCAAAUAUAGAACCUUAACUGAAUUGAUUGAAUUUUAUACUAGUUACAAACUAUGAUAAUUUGCGAUUUCCUGUCUACAAGUUAUUUUACUAUGAACUGUUGACACAGCCAUUAUUGGUUGUGUUUGAUAUUGGUCGAAAUUCGGCCCAAAUGCUAUGUCAGCAUUUAUUGGUCAGAAAUUAACAAAGCGCGUGUUAACUUAUUACAUACUUACAUACAUGGUGUGUACGCCUAGUCAUGAAUGUUGAGCUGAAAGAGACUAUUGUUUUGCUAUAAAUUUCAGGUAAAACUCUGUUUCAAACUCAAGUAUGGCCGUAGACCCUCGCUAAGCGUGCACCAAUUGCUCCUGCCGAAACAUGUAGACAUACUUACAUAUGUAUGUAUGCUCGCCAUUUACAAAAGUGCACUCAAAUAUACAAAUAUACGCAAAUGUGUUUGUUUAUUUUACUGACCCUCAAGCUGAUAUGAUACUCUAAGGCAUGGCAUGCACACAUCUAUACAUACAUAUAUACAUACAAAGAUUGGCAUCAUUUAAAUGUUGAACAUUAUAGCUGAGUAAAUUUUCUUAAAAAGUUUAUGCAACAAAAAAAGGGUUAAAAAUUAAAAGUAAAUGGAAGGAAACAAGGCUACGCGUAUUUAAUACAAUACAAAAAAUAUUUACCGUAAAAACGCUAUUGUACUGUAAUCAUACAUACAUACAUAUGAUAAAUCAUAUAUAUAUUUAUAUUGACUAACGAUUUCCCAUACAUAUACACAUACAUACGUAUAUCAUAAGUAUGAGAAUGCACAUAAAUACAUACAUACAAACUGCUGUAGUGUUAUGAGAAAAUAUGUAGCUAUAAUAGGCUGUUUGGAGAUAGUUAGUCGGCUUUGUACAUACCUAUGUAUAAAUACUAUUAGAUACAUUGCAAUCCAGAACGUAUGCAUAUACAUACAUAGUAAGCAGCACCGAAGGAAACAAAAACCUAUAAGUAUUUGUCUUAUUAUUAUUUUCAAACUUUUCGGCAACACAAUUGACACCAUUGAAUUUCGCAAAAGCAAAAGCAAAAAAAAAAAAAAA